UACGGAACGGUAGUGAGACCGUAAACGAAAACGUGAAUCGUAAAACGUGAAACGACGUAAGCCAAAGCGACGAGGUUGCGUGCUUAAAGGCGCCACAAACAGGCGGUGACCGCAAAGCUGAAGCAGCCAGACCACAAAAGCGACAGACGGGGCCAGGGGGCAGCAGCGUAGGCAGCUCUUCUGGCUGCUGUGGUUGUGGCCUUUCAAAUGUUGAUUGAAAUUUACGACUAUGCUGCGAAAUUAUUAAAUAAUAUGAGCGCAACUACAGUUGGCAUAAUUAAUAAUCUGGCCAGUGCAGCAACAAAAACAAAAACAACAACAACAACAACAGCAGCAGAAACAAAGGAGAAAGCAAUAACAACAACAACUGCCAGUUCAAGAACUCGCACAGCCGCCCAAUUGCUGCGAGCCACCAGCAACAAUAUGAAACAGUUGCUGAACAAAACUCUGGCCACCAUGGCACGCGCCAAUCUCGGCGAGCAUGUCGGUGCUCCCUACAGGCUAUCGACGCUCCUGCUUCAUGGCAGUGGCGCCAUCAGCGCCAGCAGCAACAACACUGACGACAGCCCAGCCGCCUACAACUCGUCGACCGGCUUCGUUAGCUUCGACAGCUUUGAGGGCAGCGGCAGCAGCAACCACACCAUCAGCAGCGGCGGCGGCAACAACAACACCAGCCUUGAGAGCAACACCACCGAUGCCACCGACAUAAGCGGUUUCAUUGAAUCCUCCACUACGGCGGCCAGCACGGCCCUGAGCGCAGCGAUAACGACACUGCCGCUCCCCACACUACCUACAGUUAGCAGCACCGCUGCGGCGGCUACCGCCAGCACCGCCGCCCAGAUUAUGAACGCCCGCACUGUGGCAACCUUCAUAACUGCUGGCAACAAGAGUCGCACCACAACCAUUGUCGUAUAUCCAACGGUUUCACCCGAAUCGAUUGUGAUACCCAUUGUUUCGUGUAUUUUUGGGUUUCCCAUACUGGCUCUGAUCGUCAUAUGCUGUCUGCGUCGCCGGGCCAAGCUGGCGAGGGAACGGGAUCGUCGCCGAAACUAUGACAUGCAGGACCAUGCUGUUAGCCUGGUCAGAUUUAGUCCAAUUCAUAGGCUUAAUUACCGAUCGUCGCGAGCUAUCAGUCUACGUCCUGAACGAAGCCUAAGUCAGGGCUUCACUUCGCUGGAACUGGACACGGUGCUGGAGGAGCGCUGCAGUGAUGUGGAGCAGACGCAAACCGAAAUACUUAAUCCCGAGUCACCCAUGGACACCAACUCCUACAAGAUGUCUUUCUCUUCGAGCUAACAGUUACCACAACAACAGCAACUAAAACAGCAGCAGCAGCCACAGUCGUCACCAUCGCCAACGUCACAUCUCCUACAACCGCAGCCGAUGCUCUCGCUGAAGACGAAGCUGCGCAAAACGGCCAGCUUGCGGGAGCGGGAGACACACACCGG